GGCAACGGUGCGAUUGGGGCGAUUGAUCAGUGCACUGAAUGCUUUAGUUGGUUGAGUGUUGUGUCGUGCCAUAUCAGCUUUUUUUUACAAAAAUAAAGACAUUUUAGCAAGUAGAUUUAUCUUUAAUCGGUUUAGUGAUGGAUUUUAGGAUAUCUACUCUUUUAUGUUGGGCACUCUUGGCUGUCCUGGCAUCAGCAGCACAGAACAACCAAAAAAACAACGGGGGUUUCACUUUUAAAGAUGCCGACGCGGAAAUCGAGGGCAGUGGUUUCGAGGGGGAGGUAAAUCGGGACUUGGAGUCGAGCGGAUCCGGUGCAGGUCCCGACGAUGAAGACAAUGAAGAUUAUUCUCCUCCGGAUAGUCAUCCGGGACCACCCGUAGUCGAGGAGGUCCCGAGAAAGAUAGUACCAGAAGUAACCCAAGUGGAUACCACUAGACGAAUCGAUAAGGAAACCUUCGCGAUUUCACCAACUGAAGGCGGCUCAGACGUCAUAAUGAAUCCGAAAUCUGAAGACCGCGCCACUUCGUUCUUUGCUCAACCCGGAAUAUUAGCAGCUGUCAUCGGUGGAGCAGUGGUCGGGUUAUUAUUUGCGAUUCUAGUAGUGAUGUUCAUCGUUUACCGAAUGCGUAAAAAAGAUGAAGGUUCCUACGCGCUAGGCGAGCCGAAACAAUCACCGAAUUCGAAUUCAUAUAGUAGAGGUACAACUAAGGAGUUCUAUGCCUGAAACUAGUGUUAAUAAUGGACAGUAACUUUGAUAAAUGACAGGUGGCGCAUGGCGAAUUUAGGACUGAAUCUUCUACUUGGCUUGUAGUCAGAUGCUUAUUAAUGUUUUCGGGGAAAACCUAUAAAACUCAUUUAACACAAAACGCACAUUAAAUGUUGCAUAGUCAAUUCGAAUACCCUAAUAAUUUAUAUGCAAUACCCUCCUUAACUAAUUUAGGACGGUUAUUAUUUAUUAUUUUAGAUUGGAGGAAAUUUACGCGAAAUCAAAAGAUUCGGUCUAAUAACUAUUGCCAAAAAACUGCCAACAGUGUGAGUGAACAAAUAACGUGUACUAAGUACAAACAAAAAUUGGUUUUCAAAUUUGUCUUAAAAUGGAUUUAGCUUCAUUCAUCAUAUAUAUCAUGAAUGUAUGUAUAUAUAAAUAAAUGUAACAGAGAAAAACCUACGUGUUUAACGUCCAAUUGUAUUUUGGGUAUAUAGUACAGAGUUUGACUUACAAUGUUUUCCGUUUACUUUCGUUUCUAUGGGUAACAAUAGUUUAUUUCUUGACUGGUAUACCCCGAUAUUAAUCAGCUUGUACUAUAUACUUGACACUACCUAAUUUAAAUUUACUAAUUAACGAUUAAAGUUAACGUAAGUAUAACAUAUAGUAUAGAAGUUACAUGAAUUUUGCGUCACUACGUGGGAUUUUGCCUUUGCUCAUUUAUGCAGCUAUACAUUCCUUUAUAUAAUUUUUUUUUGUAUUUGUAUUUUUUUAUACAACAUCCCGUUUUCUGCUCUGUUUCCUGGUGAUUUUUCGCUUUCUUGAUGGAUUUGUGAAGGUUGUCUCAACCUUCCACUUAUGCCAAUAUAAAAUUUCAAAAGGUCGUUGAUUCUCCUCCCUGGUGCUUUUUUAAUGCACCAUUGGGUUAUAUUUACUUGAGCAGCUUAUGCAAAAAACUCCAGUACAAGGCCAGUGGUAUGCUGGCGUCGAUUUUUUCUUGUAAAUUGCACAAAAGAUGCUCUACGAAGUGUAUUGGCAUAAAUUUGAACUUUUGUUUUGUGGUACAUACAUUAUUUUAUCUAAUGUGUUGACAGAUUGUUUAUUUAUUUAACCUAUACAUUAUCUUAUUAUCGUUAUUAUUAAAAACAAAUGUAUCAACAUAAUAAUACUACUUACAAUAACCUUUUUUUAAUAAACUGCGUAGCUAUUCGGAAUCGAAGUGUAUAGUAUUAGAAUAAUGUUGUACAAUCUGGUUGUAAAUAAAAUGAAACUUUAAAAUUAAA